ACAGACAUUUACUGUCAUUCCAGUGUGUCGGCCGCGAAAAUCUCGAAGACAACAAUUAGCUUUUUGGCAAUAAUCUAAUACAGUUUAGUGAUAGGUAUGAGGUUAGCAGUGUGGUUAUUGUUAGGUUCAAAAUCAUAUUUUUAGAAUAUAAAUUGUAGAAUUGGGCGGGGUUUAUGGCUUUGGUAACGAUUUGUGUAGUGCUGCAGGGCAUUUUCAAGGUGAUACGCGGUCAAAUCUUUCAGAUACCUUCAUGGAUUUAUUUAGAAUGUCAGUCACCACCAAAAACGAUACUCUGUAACCUGCCUUUCAAGCCACCGACAUCUUUCCAGGAGAUAACCAUUGAAGUUCUGCUUUCAUCGCCCCUGAAGUAAUUUCCUGACCAAGAAGACUGCGCUGUCACAAAAGGCCAGCUCUGUGCCAGGCAAGAUGACCACAGCCAGGUAUCGGCCCACCUGGGACCUGGCACUAGACCCGCUGGUCUCCUGCAAACUCUGCCUUGGAGAGUUCCCGCUGGAGCAGAUGACCACCAUUACUCAGUGCCAGUGUGUCUUCUGUACACUAUGCCUGAAGCAGUAUGUGGAACUCCUGAUCAAAGAGGGCCUUGAAACUGCAAUUAGCUGUCCAGACUCUGCCUGUCCAAAACGAGGACACUUGUUGGAAAAUGAGAUUGAGUGCAUAGUGGCUACAGCGAUUAUGCAGAGAUACAAGAAGCUGCAGUUUGAGAGGGAGGUGCUUCUGGACCCGUGCCGGACGUGGUGCCCAUCGUCGUCGUGCCAGGCAGUGUGCCAGCUGAAGGAGAUGGAGGUGGCGCAGCCCCAGCUGGUGAAGUGUGCCGUGUGCACCCUGGAGUUCUGCUCGGCCUGCAAGGCUAACUGGCACCCCGGGCAGGUCUGCCCACCCCAGGAGAACAACCUGCCCAUCACCGCUUUCCUACCCGGAGAGACCAGCUCCUUCUACAAGAGUGACGAUGACGAUGGUCCCAUCAAGCGCUGUCCCAAGUGUAAGGUGUACAUCGAGAGGGACGAGGGCUGUGCCCAGAUGAUGUGCAAGAACUGUAAACACGCCUUCUGCUGGUACUGUCUGGAGUCACUGGACGAUGACUUCCUCCUGAUCCACUAUGACAAAGGGCCCUGUCGAAACAAACUGGGCCACUCCAGGGCGUCUGUCAUCUGGCACAGAACACAGGUGGUGGGGAUCUUCGCUGGCUUCGGCCUUCUCCUGCUGGUGGCCUCUCCCUUUCUCCUCCUGGCCACGCCCUUUGUCCUCUGCUGUAAGUGCAAGUGCAGCAAAGGGGACGACGACCCCCUGCCCACCUAAACCCCGCCUCGCUAAGCAGGCGGCCAUAUUUAUUUUUCGUCCCUUCCGUUUUCUCCCUCCACGCUUCUGGCGGUGCUUCAUUUAACGGGUCUGGGGCCGAGCUGCACCGUCUCGGCCCAGCCGCGUCCCGAUCCAUCUCGCUCGCAGUGUCAUGGUGGGAGAGGAGGAGUUGUGUUGACCCUGUGCUCCCUGGCCUGGUGGAAGAUGGGUUCACAGAGGUCAGACUUUGUGGACGACAACGACGUGCCUCUCUGUGGGCUUGGGGGCCAUGUGUCCGUUUACUGUAGCAGGGCCACGCUGAGGCCUUGAGGUGAGCUACAGGCAGUGGUGUAGUACAGAACCGAAGAGGAUGUUUUAUCAAGAGAAGAGGGAUAAAGACGUGAUGUCUGGAUCCUCUUGUUGGAGACAGUUUCAUGCAGGAGCUGCUACUAUCGGAGGACCUUCACCUUAACUCGUUUCAGUCGAGUUUCUUGUUUUUGUUGGUUUGUCAAACACAAAGCUUUCCCCCCACCCCUCUAUUCUCGCUUUUUAUCUCUCAACAUACAGGAAAUACCACUGGAGUUACGUUUUUACAAACGUUUUGUGUUUACUCUGUUUGCACAUUAAAGACCCUCCGUUUGUCGCUUUAAGAACCAGGGCGGGAGUUGGGAUGUUUUCUGUCUCUCACUCCCCUGUACAGCACGUUCUCUUGGUGAUGUCUGUGUUUCUGUCAUCUUUUGCUCUGUUCCCACUAUCAGCAAGAAGUUAUUGUUUUUACAAAAUCGAUUUGAACUCUUAUUUCUGUCUUUAAAAAAAGUAUAUAUAUAUAUAUAUUCUUACCCCCUUUUACUCCCCAAUUUCGUAGUAUCCAAUUGUUAGUAGAUACUGUCUUGUCUCAUCACUACAAAUUCCGUACGGACUCGGAGA